ACUGAAGGAGCUGUGGCGAUUUGCCUGUUACUUCUCUGAGCCGGGAGCAGCCGCAUCUGUCCCUUGAAUCUCAGCUUCCAAGAUGUCUCUGGUGGCGAACGAGGAUUUCCAGCACAUUCUUCGUGUUCUGAACACUAACGUCGAUGGGAAGCAGAGGAUUAUGUUCGCUCUGACCUCUAUCAAAGGUAUUGGCAGGCGAUUCGCCAACAUUUGCUGCAAGAAGGCUGAUAUUGACAUGAACAAGAGGGCUGGAGAGUUGAGUGCUGCCGAGUUAGAUAAUCUUAUGACCGUGGUUGCGAACCCUAGGCAGUUCAAGAUUCCAGACUGGUUUUUGAACAGGAAGAAGGACUACAAGGAUGGCAAGUAUUCUCAGGUUGUAUCAAAUGCUUUGGAUAUGAAGUUGAGAGAUGACUUGGAAAGGCUGAAGAAAAUCAGGAACCACCGUGGUUUGAGGCACUACUGGGGUCUUAGAGUUCGUGGUCAGCACACCAAGACUACUGGACGUAGGGGCAAGACUGUUGGUGUCUCUAAGAAGCGUUGAGCUCUUGCUUUAGUGAUUUACUUUAUUUUAAAGAAUUAGAUAUGUGGUCGGAUAAUCAAGUAAUUUUUGUUUUGGAAAUGCAGUUGAAUUUUGUUUAUGUUUGAACUUUGUUACUACUAGCCAUUUGAUAUGAUCCUUAUGAAGCUUUUGGUUGUGCUUGGAAUACAAUUUGGUGUCUAAACAGCCAUUUCUACGGUGUUCCA